AUGAAGGGAUUUGUUGCCGUCGCCCUGGCGGCGCUGGCCAGCGGCGUCUCUGCUGCCCACCACCGCCAUGCCCACGAGCACCUUUUCAAGAAGGGUCUGAAUGAGACCGGCGAGAUGUGCACUCCUGGCUGCACUACCAUCUGGAAGACAAUCACUGGCGAGCCUACUCUCAUUGUUCACGCCACCAAGACCCAGACCGAGACGGUUACUUGCACCGAGUCCUCUACUCCGGCUCCUCCUCCUCCUCCCCCGACGACCAAGGCUCCUCCUGCCACUACCGAGAUCGUUGUGGUGCCUACUCCCGUUGUCCACACCUGCCCAACUCCUGGCACCUACACCUUCCCGGCGACUACCGUCACAGUCACGCAGACCACCACUGUUUGCGAUGCCACUUCGACCAAGGUUCCCUCGGGCACUCACACCAUUGGUGGCGUGACGACUGUUGUCGUGACUGCUACCACUGUCACUUGCCCGGUCGCUACCGUUCACACCAGCGGCACCGUCACCACCAGCACCAUUGUCCAGACCACCUACGUCUGCCCCAGCGCUGGUACUUACACCAUUGCUCCCAUCACCACCACGGUCAGCGAGGAGACCGUCAUCGUCUAUCCUACUCCUGCCACCUAUAAGCCCGGCACGUACACUGCUCCCGAGCAGGUCGUCACCGUCACCAAGACCGGCUACGUUACCAUUUGCCCUCUCACCAGCAAGGGUCUCCCAACCUCCACCCCGGCUCCGGCUCCCGCCCCGGUGAAGACCCAGGCUCCUCCCCCUCCCCCUCCCGUCAAGACUCCCGAGGCUCCCAAGAAGUCCCCCCCUACUGGCGGCCUGAAGAGCUCUAAUGACCACAUGGGCAUCACCUACACUCCUUAUGUCGGCAGCAAUGGCCAGUGCAAGAGUGCCAGCCAGGUUGAUGUUGAUAUUGCCUCCAUCAAGCAGGCUGGCUUCAUCAACGUCCGAGUCUACUCUACUGACUGCAACACUCUCAAGAAUGUCGGAGAUGCCUGCAAGAAGCACGGCCUGAAGAUGAUUAUCGGUGUCUUCGUCAAGGGCUCUGGCUGCUCCAUCAACACUCCCGAUAUCAAGGAGCAGGUCGACGAACUCGCUGCAUGGAACCACUGGGAUCUCGUCGAGCUUCUCGUCAUCGGUAACGAGGCCAUUAUGAACAACUACUGCUCUGCCCAGCAGCUCAAGGACCUCGUUGUUGCUGUCAAGAGCAAGUGCUCCGGUAAAUACUCUGGUCUCGUCACCAUUUCCGAGACUCUCAACAUCUGGCAGCGCAAGGACGUGUCCUCGACUCUUUGCUCUGUCAUCGACCUUACUGGUGCCAAUAUCCACCCCUUCUUCAACACUGGAAUCGCUCCUAGCCAGGCCGGAAACUUUGUUCAGGGCCAGAUGGACAUUCUCGAGAAGAUUUGCGGCAAGAAGGUCAUCACCCUUGAGACUGGCUGGCCCGUGACGGGUAUCACCAACGGCCUGGCUAUUCCUGGUCUCAGCGAGCAGUCCAUUGCCGUCAAGUCGAUCCGACAGAAGUGCGGCGACUCAGUCGUCUUCUUCUCUUUCGAGAACGACUACUGGAAGGCCGCCGGCCCCUUGGGUUGUGAGCAGGGCUGGGGUCUGGGUGCCUCUUUCGGCAUCAAGAUUUCAUUGUAA